UGCCAUUUUCUUUCUUUCUUUAUUUAUUUAUAUUCUUUCUAUGCUGCGUAUUUAUUGAUCCCAAUGGAGAAAGAGUUUCCACUUUUUCUCUUCCACAGCUUCCGACUUUCUUUCAUGCUUCUUUGUUUUUUCUUCUUCAUCUUCUAAUAUGAUUAUUAUUAUUAUUAUUAUUCCAUGCCAUGUCUUCUUUGUUUCUCCAUCAACUUAAAUCACUCUGAAAUUUAAAUAAAUUUCCAGAAAAAGAUAGAUAGAAAUUGAGUACCAUUUGCUAUGGAUUCCGGCAACACCAGUAGCCUCCACUCCUCCUCCGGCGGCGGAGGAGGCGGCAGCGAAGACGUCGACUCCCUCUCCGCCUUCUUCCACACAUCCGCCUCCCCCUCCGGCGUCGCCCUUCCGACUCCGCUGCCCCCCUCUUCCUCCGUAGGUUCUCACUUCCUCGACUACUACUCCCUUUUCUACCAUGAUUCCUCCUCCUCCUCCCCGGCUCCGCACCUCCCCUCUGCCUCAGGAAGCCAACCUUCAACCGCGGAGGUGGAGGCGCAGGCCGAUCCCCCGGCGGCUCCGCCUCCGCGGAACUCGAGGAAGCGAUCCCGUGCCUCGCGCCGAGCCCCCACCACGGUGCUCACGACGGACACCUCCAACUUCCGCGCCAUGGUCCAGGAGUUCACCGGAAUCCCAGCCGCCCCCUUCGCCGCCCCCUCCGUCUCCUCCUCCCUCUUCCUCCGCCCCCGCAUCGACCAAUUCCUCCACCCCUCCUCCUCCUCCUCUGCCGCUGCGUCACCCUUCCUCCUCCGCCCCUUCCUCCACAAGCCCCACUCGCCUCCCUCCUUCACCAAUCCCAUUCCCAAUCCUCCUAGUCUUCCCCCUUCUCUAAACCUAACAAACACCGCCUCCACCUCCGCCUCCGCCGCCCUAUCUAACCCUAUUUCUAACCAACUCCCGCCCAACCUCCACUCUCUCCUCCACCCACCGAUCCCACCAACCUUCUUCGCCUCCGACGACUUCGCGGCCCUUCAUCCGGCGCUCUUCGUCCCCGACCCUGCCACCUCCAACUGGGCCGGCGUCGACUUCUCUGGCGCCGGCGUCUCGCGACCACACAUCAGCGUGGCCGGCAGUUGCAAGCCAUCCUACGCCUCGCCGGCCGCGCCGGUGGCGGAACGAGUCAUCGGGGAAAAACCAGAGGCAGAGGUCGCCGGAAGGAACAGCGACAACGCGGCAGAGCCAUCGUGGAUUCGUUCUUCGUCCGAUUGAUCGAUUAAAAUUAGGGAUUUCAUUUGGAGAGGUAAUUUAGCUUGACGAAGAGAAGAGGCGCUCGUUGCUUUUGUUACGCCCUUCCCGCUUCUCUCCUCUCAUGUAUAUACCGGUGUAUGGGUAUAAGUAGUAUUGAAUUUGGAUGAGGUUGAUUAUUUUAGAACUCAUUUUGGUCUCUGAGGUGGUAGCACUUUGGUCGAGCUAGACCACAUAUCAACUUAGCAUGCCCGAUGUGGAUGCGAUGUAGCUGAGUUUAACAGCUGGUUGUGGAUCUAGCUAGUUCAUCUGAAGUUGAAGUGACUCGUUCAAGGUGGAUAGUUAUGCAUGCUUCAUCAAGAUUCGACUCAUUCAAAGUGGUCAGAAGUUGAUUGUAUAUAUUAAUGAACCAUAGUGUAGGGUUGAGGUGUCCCAACUUAGUUUCACUAUAGAAGGGACUGAGGGCGUGUGACUCCUUUUGUUAAUCUCUCUGUGAAAGCUACAGAGGCUCUUAGAGACCUCUGUAAAGAUCAAACAAAGUUUCUACUCAUUGCUUGU